UCCGCGAAUACGAGGAAAGCUAGUGUUUUCCCGUUUUCCGGUCGUUGCGUUAUCAAGUACAUUAAGUUUAGGUUAAGUUAUGUUAAAUUUCAUUCUUUGACGUGUGAACAUUAGUAAAUGAGUCCGAUUGAAAUUUGUUAAAGUAUAUAUUCGCGUAUAUGAUUCAAGAGACGUAUUGCCUUAUUGUAAAUCUCACAAAAUCCGUAACACCUUUCUUUCGAACAACAAACGCAACACAAACGGAGAAAAAGUCUUAGUUGAAACAGUUGAAUUGAUUAUUUCGUGAGAUUAUAUGAGUGUUCAAGUAACUGCAUUUUUACUCGAAGCAUCAACAAAGUACUAUCAAUGAUGACCGACGUUUUAUAAAAGUUUACUUCACUGCCAAAAUUUGAACGACUGGACUGCUAUGUUGAUUGCAGUGAUUCGGUUGCAAGCGUAUGAACAUGAUGUUGAGAAUGGUGUGUCCAAAAUGUCGUCAUCAUUUUCCUGUAUUGGGAUGCUGUUUAAAAUGGAAUGAUGAAACUAAUCAAAAGGAAAUGAAGGAAAAGGAGGAAGAAGAAAAGAAGAAAAAGGAGAAGGAAAAGGAAAAGACCGCAGAAGAAAAGGAGAAAGAAGAGGUGAGAAAGGAAGAAGAGGAUGAAGAAGAGGGUGAAGAAGAGGAAGAAGAUGAAAAAGAAGAAGAAGAAGAGGAAGAAGAGGAGGAGGAAGAGAAAGAAGAGAAAAAAGAAGAGAAGAUGGCUGCUAAUACUGUCUGUUCAAAGACGGCAACCUAUUAUGUUAGUAGUCUCCCAGUGUCCCAUGACUGCACCAGCGACAGCAGUUGUUUUAUAAAUCCAUCUACAAAGAUUCAGGAAACCAUCUUUCAAUCACAUGCAGUCAACUGCGGCUCCAAUGUCGAAAUUACUGAUUCUGAUACACUGGAACUCUUCUAUGACAUACAGACGUCGAUGAAACAUAAUCACCAUCCACUGUUAACAUCGCCAAUAUAUCAAUCGAAUGAUCAAGAUCCCUUUAUUACAGUGACAGAAAAUCUUAACUAUGAGAUGGCACCUUCGGAGCAAUAUGUCGCAUCUACGUGCGAGCUCACUGGCGGCAGCGUCACGAUUGCUACACCUGAUAUACAGUCAGGUGGUUGUCUAAUACAACAUACAGAACCCGAAAUUCUGGUACAAACUUCGCAAAUCAAAAUUGAACCAAAGCUUACUGGCGGCGGUUGUCUUGUGCAGAAGAAAUUGACCGAGGAAGAUGAACGAUUGGCAAUAUACAAAUGUACAAAAAACUUCGCAGCCGUUAAUAAUCGGACAUUUGUUACACCUCCCAACGGUUAUUCAGAAUUGCCUACGAACAUAAGGGUCAUAUCAUCCGGGAUGAUAAGAGAUAACGAAAAUAAUGAAAUAACAAGUGUUGAAUCAAGGCCACGAAAGAUACCGAACACGAUCAAAAUAAAUAACUGCUGCGAUUGUAAAAGUACAUUUCAGCAUUGUCAGUAUCAUAGACGAAUAUUUGAUGCAUCUCUUACAGAUAAUCGUGACUCAUUGCUAUUGGAGCCUAUCAGUAACAGCGUACAAUUCCGAGUAAAUGCUACUGUGCAGCUACCUGCGAAUCUGGGUCAGUGCACAGUAAACAUUACAGCGACAACGACAACGCCGCCAAACCAAGUUGUAGCGAUGAAAUUGCCAGGUCGUGGUAGAAAUAACUUUCACGGAGGUGGUCUCGUGCAACCGAACGAGUUGGACUGCGCAAUGGUGAAUCAGAUUGUCGCAGAAAACAACAAGAGUUGUAAUAAUACCGAACAAAUGGAUGAAACAUUGACAACUCCGGUAUCCUGGCCACUGACUGCUUGGAGCCCGGAUGUACAUGUAAAUAGAUUACGCGAAGUAAAAAGAUUGCUGCAGAUUUGUGGUUGGUAUCAUGAGGGCAUCAGUCGGCAGCAAAGUGAAAACCUUUUAAAAGAUGCAUCCAUAGGUCGAUGGCUAAUGAGAGACAGUUCAGAUUACAGAUUCACUUUUGCGGUAUCUGUGAAAACAACCAAAGGCCCUGCUUCUAUUAGAGUACACUAUUUUCUCGAACAUUUUCGACUUGAAACUACCGACCCUAAGUUAGCAUUGGCGAUGCCAUUUUUUGAUUGUCCUAUUAAAAUGUUGGAGUAUUAUGUCGCGUACUCAAAAAGAAUGGAUGAACAUCGUAGGGAAGUGUGGGUCGACUAUAGUGGACAAUUGUAUAGCCAGAUCUAUUUGACCAGUCCUCUUGUCAAAGAAGUUAGAUCACUGUCACAUUUAGCUAGACUCGCCGUGAAUCGAAACAAGUUGCCUAUUGACUGUUUACCACUAUUAAUUAAAAACUAUAUCAAGGAAUAUCCAUAUACGCUUUGAGUGUGCAAUCACGAUACAUUUAUCUUCCGAUAUAUAU